AUGCCUAGAAUCACCAUAGAUCACAGGGCGCACACCAUACCUCCUAAAUACAUUCGAGAUUAUGUAAACGACCUUCCCUAUUACAUGACUCUAUGUCUACAUCCUUCCACCAUAGGCUCUGUAAUUUGUAGCAUUUUUUGGGAGCCAGGACUAGAUUGCAAUCUUGUCAGCGCCUGGUUUGGUGCAAUCUUGGAAGUCUUGCGGCCUAUCAUUGAAGCCGGAGAUCUGGAAAUGCUUGCGAAGAUAUUCAUUGUCCGUCGACUCAAACCUGCUCUACUGUGGCUUGGUAUAUGGGUCAUGUGCGACCAUGCGAUGCUGGAUAUGUUAACAUCCUAUCUUGAAAUCCACCAAGAGCGAAAGUACUAUGGUUUGUGGUCAUCGCCUGACAUAGAAGUUGCUGUCUGGACUGGCUCUAAACAAUCGUUUUUAAAUGAGAACGUCUCAGACACCUAUGAGGGUAUCGCAGAGCAAGUACCGCGAUCUGAUCUAGUGCGCCACCGCUUCAACUUCCGACUGGCUGAUUUUGCUGAUCUCCGUUUUGGAUGGCAGGUUCCUGGUCAUGUGUCCAAGCAACAGAUUGAGCCUGAGCUUUGGCCGCGCCUAGAGAUAGGGUAUAUUCAACGGGGUUUUCGUCACGACAAGAAUGUCGAAUUGGAUUCUGAAACUGCAAGUGAGACUGAGACUGAGACAAUAUAUAUACCAGAAGGUUUUACAUGCAAAGUCGGCAUUCGACCAUCAAAAGAUGCUACAUUCCAUAUAGUCGGGUACGGGUCAACAGAUGCAGCAGGAGAACGAAGUUUGGAAGCUUUGGUAAUACCAGGGAUUAGACAACAUCCCUGGAUGCCUGGUUCACGGGGUAUUUAG